UAACUGAGUACAAAACUCAAAUAAAAAAAAAAAAAGAAGUUGAGGGGGUCACAAUCGAAAAAUAAAAGUUGUAUAGGUUAGGGGGUCUCCAUACUUUUUUACCCAAAUAUAAAAAUGAUGUCGAUUGUUUUUAAAAUACUCUAUACUUGAGGGGGUAUUCAUAAAUUUGGAGUGCGGUGUAUGAGAUGUAGUUAUACACCCGGUGCAGGAAAAUUUCUCCACAUUUAGCCCUAUCUCUGUUCUCCACCGAGGUCGGUAAUCGCCCUCCCAUGUCGCACGAGACAACCUAGACGUAACCCUAACCCUAACCCUAACCCUAACCCUAACCCUAAUCACAAAGCGUACCCAAUUCGAGAGAGAGAGAGAGAGAGAGGGAGAGAGAGCGAGUCAUGGCGAAGCGGAAGGGUUGGGUGGCGCCGUCCAAUUCGCCUAUAAAUAGCUUGGACGAUGGUUGCCUCAUGCACAUCUUCAGCUUCCUCAGCCCCAUCCCCGAUAGGUAUAACACCGCCCUCGUUUGCCACAGAUGGUGUUUUCUGGCCUGCCACCCUCGACUAUGGCUUCGUGUGGAGAGGCCUAUCAAAGGUGUUGCUGAGCCUGGAGUCUUUCUGAAUCUCGAGGCCGCUAUAUCUGCUGCAAGGCCCGGCGACACCAUUCUGAUUGCUGCUGGUGGUAACCAUGUUGCCUGCAACAUCCAGAUAAAAAAGCCUCUCUGCCUUAUAGGUGGAGGUGAACUGCCUGAUGAAACUGUUCUAACUUGUUCUCGUGGCUCAGACAGCGCUUUGGAGUUCCUUUCAACCUGCAAAAUCGCGAACCUGACGAUCAGGGCUGAACUAGGAUGCUGCCUUCUUCAUCGCAGCGGUCGGCUGACCAUUGAAGGGUGCGUGCUGCAGUGCGAGGAGAACCCGCUGGAUUACCUCUCCUUCCCGAUUGUGAGUACCGCCACCGCAUACCCUUCCCUAAAAAAGGGCCAGCAAGACGAGCACGGACUCACGGUCGCGCGCACGAGGAUCGAGGGGGGCGCGAAGGCUGUCUCGACCAACGGGACUUUGGCGCUGCAGCACGUGCGCGCCAUCUACUCGCGCACCUCCAUCUUCUUCUGGUUUGAAGUUGGCGUAGUGGUAGAUAAAUAAUAUAUAUGCUUCAGUGUUUGCUGCUAGGGUUAGCUUGUGUUUCUAACAUUGUGAUUUAUUCGGAUGCGGAGAACGGUGCUUUGGGUUAUUGGAUGGCAUUUGGUUCAUGUGGAACCAUUAGAGUUCAGUUUGUGUAUCAUCUUUAGUAACCUCGAAGUGCCAUCAUGUAGAUUUGUAUCUGUACUACAAUAGUACAAUGCAGUUGCAUAUAAAUUAUAUGCUGGAUUGGCGGCAGCUGAUCGAUUUAUGCUGUCAUUUGCUGCUGAUACCUGCUGAAUGCUUAUGCCAACGCUCUUUCAGUGAAAAAUGAUAUUAAUAGAGUCAUUUUUACUAGAAAUGGUUAUGUUUUCUAUAUAUCUUGAGCAAAUUCGGUGGAUGAAUA